CUGAUAGCAAGAUGUCCUCAGGAAAUGCCAAAAUCGGGCACCCUGCCCCCAACUUUAAAGCCACAGCUGUUAUGCCAGAUGGUCAGUUCAAAGAUAUUUCCCUGUCUGACUACAAAGGAAAAUACGUUGUGUUCUUCUUUUACCCUCUUGACUUCACCUUUGUGUGCCCCACGGAGAUAAUUGCUUUCAGUGACAGGGCAGAAGAAUUUAAGAAACUUAACUGCCAAGUUAUUGGUGCUUCUGUGGAUUCUCACUUCUGUCAUCUGGCAUGGAUCAACACACCCAAGAAACAAGGAGGAUUGGGGACUAUGAACAUUCCCUUGGUGUCAGAUCCCAAGCGCACCAUUGCUCAGGACUAUGGGGUCUUAAAGGCUGAUGAAGGCAUCUCAUUCAGUGUGCCCCGCUGGGUGGAAGCCUGGCAGCGAUACUAUCAAGCCUGAUGUACAGAAGAGCAAAGAGUAUUUCUCCAAGCAGAAGUGAGCUCUGGGCCAUGAGAACAAAAGCUCUUUUGUACAUUUUUUUCAUGCUUUAAAUACAAGAUGUGGUGUGGGGCAAUACAUGCCUUUUCUACAGGAGUUGGGGAAACCAUCUUUCUUCCAUUGGUAGUCAUGGCCUGAGCCGUGUUGGAGGGUAGACCAUCUGAUAAGGUAUGAAAGGUAUGGUGUACCAGUAGCAGGCCCAAGGCCAUUCACUGACUAUGUCAUUACUGACUUUUGUAGUGUCUAUUAAACUUAUACUGAGACCUUG